AUUUGGCGUUGCUGUGCUGUCGAAGCUCUUUCUUUAGUUGCUGUGUCGCUAUCUAGUGUGGACGAUCUAGGAAUGUGGAUAUCAUAGAGGGUGAGGAGGAUGUCUUUGGGGAGCGUGAUAUUCGCGUGUUUGCUGUGCGGCGCUGCCGCGCUGGAGAACGGCACGUCGUGCGCGGACGUACGGCAGGUGUUCGUCAUGAAAGGUAUCGGGCAAGCACAACUUGUUCCUGACAUGCGGACCAAAGGUGAAGAAUUAGAACUUUGCCCAUCUGCCCAAACAUGUUGUUCUAAAUCUAUGGAAGGCCAAUAUCAAGAAGCCGUGAAAAAAGACUUUAAAAAUAUGUUACAAGGGGCUGGCUCAUAUCUCAAAACUCUAAUUACUACAAGCGCUACGAAGUUCAGAGAUACAUUCCUGGAAAUGGUUCAAGUAUCUGAAAAUAGCACAAACGCACUAUUUACGGAUGGCUAUCCAUCUUGGGAACUGCAGGCUCGAGUUCCUCUUGGUCAGUUGUUUGCAGAUCUCCUAGCAUACAUGAAUGGACAGGAUGUAGAUUUAGAAGAACGUGUAGCCUCUUUCUUCGAUUCUUUGUUCCCUCUUGCUUACUAUCAUUCCGUCAACUCCAAUCAGAAAGAUUUCAGCGACACAUAUAAAGAAUGCUUGCGUGAUGGACAGGUAGAAAUCCGGCCAUUUGGAGACUUGCCGGAGAAGAUAGCCUCUCAAAUAAGCAGCUCAUUUGAGGCUGCGAGGACGUUUCUUGAAGCUCUCCAACUAGGCGUUGAAGUUAUCAAUACCACGGAGCACAUGGACUUCGGCCCGGAAUGCAGAAAAGCCUUCGUACGUCUCAUAUAUUGCCCACACUGCCAAGGCUUAGUAUAUGCAAAACCUUGUGCUGGAAUGUGUCUCAACGUAGUCCGAGGCUGUUUGGCAAGUGUUUCUGAGCUCGAUGCAUCCUGGAGUGAGUACGUAAGCGCCUUAGAAAGGCUCACGUCUGGAAUGGUGGGAAUAUAUAACAUUGAACAAGUAUUACGUGAGCUAGAUAAAAACAUUUUCGACACUGUCACUUACGUAACAGCCAACUCAGCAGACGUAACUAAAAGGGUGAAACAGAAAUGUGGACCUCCUCGACGUGUGAGCCGAGAAGUCCCUCCUGCAACAGCUGCUCCGACUCAGUCGGAGCCUCUGUCACUGAGACCCAUGUCCCAUACUAGCCUUUACAUGAUGCUGCAGAAUUUCGUUCACAAAGUGGCCGAGUCUAAAGACUUCUACUCCAACUUAGCUGAUCGUCUUUGUAGUGACGGAAAUUUUGUUCCCAAAGGAGACCUACAUUGCUGGAACGGCGAAGGACUUGCAGAGUAUACGAAGACUAUUGCUGGCAUAGGAGUAUCAGCACAGAAAUACAACCCCGAGAUGAAGGCACCUAGAGUACGUGAUGUCACCGUAAAUACACUUGUUGACAAGCUACAACACGUGAAACAAAUUCUGAGCAGCAGAGUAACGUCGGUACCGCAGUCAGAUUCCUCUGUAUUGGGUGAAGGCAGUGGUAGCGGCGGCUUUUGGGCAAUUGGUGACGAUGAAGAUUACGCAGGUGCAUCCGGCAGUGGGGACUUCCAAAAAGAGGAUAAAACUGAUCUUCACUUCGUGCGCAGUGAUGGGGAUACCACGCCCAAUGCUGCUGGUGACAGAAGUAGAAUCCCAGUCAUCUUGGUCUUCUUCUGUACCGUCUUCCUUCUGAGGAGGAAAUGAGUCCAUUUUAGCAAUAUUUUCACGAGACUGCAACUCGAUAAUGCGCACAUCUCCAAUAGCACCGCAAUAACUGUGUGCCAACGGCUCGUUCCUCGCUUAUCGUAGCUAGCGUUUUUGCUCCCUUAUUAACUAAUCAAAGUGUUUGAGAUCUAUUUCGGCUAAUCUACGACCUCAAGAUAUCAGCUGGUUGGGAAAUAUGUCAUUUUGAUUACCGAAUUAGAUCGGAAUUUUGUUGAAAGCGAUCUAUUCGCAAUGUUUCUAUUUUCAAAUGCUUUCAACUCGAGACAAUGCACUUGCUUUCACGCUGUCUGUUGCAUAUCUGUUUGGCUUGGUGCUUGAGAAAAAGGGACGAAUGACGUAAUCGAAUCCUGUAGCCGUGAAUGUUUUUAUUUCAAUUUUGUUUUUUCACUGAUUUUUUUUCCUAUUAUUAUUUUUUUACAAAACGGUGUUAUCGCCGUGAUUGUUGAGAAGUGAGUCGUUUAAAUUUUCAAAGUGCCAUUUUCUUAUGUUUCUUUUAUAGGGCAUUUUUUAAUUUUGACAAUUUUUUUUAAUUCUUCCAAGCCCCUUUUUUUAGAGUUUCAUUUGUCUCGAUGUACUUCCGGGAGUUGAAACAAUCGGAGUAAACUCCAACAGCUAUUGUGAUAAUGCAAAUAAAGCAAAAUUUAAGUUGGUAGAGGCCGAGUUAAACCUGCGUGGGCCUUUCUCGCCUUCAAUCAACGCAAAUGUGUAUAUGUGUGUUAUCUUGUCGUCUUAGAUUAACUUUUAUAAUUAUAAAUGUGUGUAUAUUGCGCGAAAGUCCAUGUCUAAUCCGAGGUGAUAUAUUGAUUGCUGAAAAGUCAAAUGCGAGAAAGCAAGGUUGUGAUUCAUUUUGUUUCCUAAAGUAUAUCUGUCUCUCCCUCGCUUUCAUUUGCAGGCGUUUCUGUUUUUUAAUAUUUAUUUUUCCCCCAGUGCGUUUUGCCUUUCUGAGCUUAUUAUUUGUGUUCUUUGUUGUCACACUGGUCCCUAGCAGAAAGAGCGGUCAGUUCAGGUUCGAAAGAAAUCGAGGUAUGUUUUGCAAGCGGUCGCGUUUGAACCUAAUCCAUUCGCAAUAAUUCUAGCCUUACUAUAUUUUCGAACAAAGGUUCACAUAGACAAUGGACCUCCAUUUUCAGUGUCUUCCUCCACAGCUUCCGACCUUCGGCUGCGGUGUGAUAAAAGAGCAUAUUUUUGUGAUCUCUUGUUUGUUUGUAACGUGUCGUUGUCGGAAGACGUGCACUUUUCGAGAGCUGCGAAACAGAGCCGUAUCCAGGGGGAAUUUGGUUUCUCAAUUGAUAGAGAUCAGCAGCGCACUAUUACCUCUUUCGUAUGAAGUAGAGGCCAGCACGUGUAUUGCAGUAUGAGAAUCUCUGCAUACUUCACCUUCCUUUUAAAUAGUCAAUUACUCACGAAAACUGCUACCUGAGCUGCAUACAUACACUAAUAACUAAUAUAUCUGUUAAAGAACUGAUUCUAAAGUUCAUUCUGUAGUAAUACCAUCAGUUACUCCGAGAAGCGGAUUUCGCAAAGGAAAAAAAUGUUUCAAGUCGCUGACAGUUAAAUUUUGUAUGGUGACCAGAUGCGAAGCCAAAGUAGGCUAAGAACCAUAAUUCAAGUACAAAUAUUUAAAAUCAAAGUAGUUAAAUUCUUCCCGAUUUAAUAAAAUGUUAUCGUCUGAAAUAUUUUUUAGGAAAAGAGGAACAGAUUCCUCUACAUGAAUUGAAAUACUGAGUUUUAUUACAAAAGCGUAGUAUGAUUAUAUAUGUGGGGCUAUAUAUGACUUGAGAACGAGGUUAAAGUAUAAGCUAUACUACUUUAUUGACUAAACCAGCGGUUCUGAACCUUUUGACUAAUGCGUACCAUCUAAACAAAAAUUGAAACCUUUUAGUACCACUAGAAAGUACUACUACCACCACGACUCUUGAACAAAGCUCAGAUCUCAUAAAUUUACGAGUAUUAGAGAAAAAAAACUCAAUCAAGAUGUUGGGGUUUUAAUUUUUGAAUUUAAUAGUUAAAAAUACUUUGCGUCUUUGCGUACCACGGGUUGAGAACCCCUGGACUAAACUAUUAUUAUGAAUUAGAAAGCUGGUAAUUAUAAAAUUAAAGUAGCGGUUAGAUAACCCCACAAGGAUGACAGAGUCCAUGAAUAGUUCACGUAAUAAUUUAGACGGUCCUUUCACCUCAUAUUAUCUAAGUUCAAACGUUACAAGAUCGCUGAACAUCACUGUUGACCUUUCUGGGCGAUUACCACUCCUCGAAGGCUCAUCAGUGUGAUUCUCUGCUUUGGGCAGUUUCAAAGCUCGUCAGCUUUGGAUCCGGAACUGAAGCACGUAUGCUUCUGUUCAGGCCUGGAGCUCGAAUAUGCGCUGCGCUGGUAGCAAACUAGGGUGACGUCAGUGCUUGACAGACGUACUUCCCCCUAUAUAUAUAUAUAUAUAUAUAUAUUUAAUGACACUAAUAUUUGCUUAAAUUAAGCGUGAUGAUAAAAUGUAUUCAAAUAAUCAGUAUGUUUGAAUAUUACGCCAAUUUAAUGAUUACUAAAAAGAAACUGAAUUUUAAAAUUUUUCUCACAACAAGAAAGAAUUAUUUUCUGUUUGCGGAGUAUUAAUUAGUAUACUUUAAUAACUUUUAAACAUUUUAUUUGGGGUAAUAUUUCAAAACACACUUUGGUCGCUUCAUAACUUAGGAAUACAUUUUAUCAUAUUUCACUGUUCAGAAUACUUACAUAUUUACUGUAGCCGAAUGCUUUUAAUGAUAUUACAUACAUAAUUUUUUAUUUCGUUUUGCGUAAGGUAUUUAAUUACUUUGUAUGAGUUUAUAAUUUUUCAGGUAAUUUAGUUGGCGUUGUUUUUUUUUUUUUUUUUUUUUUUAGAGAGCUUUAGCAAUGAUAUAUUAAUUUAACGAUUCAUUCUUAUCGUAGAGCUUAUAUUUAUAUAAAAAAAGACAUCAGUUAGUUUCUAACCUUUGGAAGCCAAAGAAAUUAGUCUCAGCUCUGAAAGUGAAAUUAAAAAAGACGCUAAUCGUGAAUAUGAUAAUUGAAUCGGAAGAAGGGUAUAUAACAAUGAUGCAGAAAUUUUUGACUUCGAAAAUAUUUAGAGUUUUUCUGUAGGAACUAAACAGCAGAAAAAUUUAUUCAGGAGCCCAGGAAUUUUUCGCAGUACGUUUUUUUUCUUAAAUUCGUAAGUUUAACAAAAAUAAAACAUAUAUUAUAAAAUUACGCUCUUAUGAAAAAUAUUAAAAAAAUUAGUAGUUGACGUAGUUGAACUUGUACCUGUUGAGUUUUAAUUGCUUUCUUUGUUGCGCUCUGAACACUUUAUAUCUUUCAUUACACCCAAUCUGCGUAUCCUUGACCUUUGAUUAGUCAUAUGCUAGAAAUAACGUCAUCGUAUAUCUAGACAUCAGUCAUUUAAUUAAACUGACAAAUUUAAUUAUAUGACGAAUCUGCAUAACCGCUGACUGUCGUUAACCUCUUCACCUCUUCAAUUCUCUUGAAAACGUCACCUCUUCAAUUCUCUUGAAAAGCGACGUCCAGACACUGCGUGGUUUCCAAAUACAUUGCAUAUGCUGUAUAUUUUGUACAAAACAAUUAAAAGUAAAGCUGGUUUAAAUACCGCAUUAGCAAUAAUAAUUUUUAAACUUCUUUUUUAAUUUGUAUAAAUUAUUACUGCCUCAUAACAGGUGGCAAGUUGAAAACCAUAAACAAUUAUUCAGACUUUCUUCGUCAUUUACGCACAAUCUGCUUAUAAAUCCUGUGACUUACGAUACAUAACACUGCCGUUAUACAUAAAAUCGGACGACAAAAGAUUUAUUUUUACAUUUAUGUAAAUACCGAAAAUCAUUUACGUAGUUUCGCAUCGAUAUUAUUUUUUUCAAAUUCUAAUUCUGUUAAAGAAUUAAAUUGGUGAUUUUCUCUUUUAUUUUUUUAAUAUCCUAUAUUUGAGAAAAUAUGCUCGCACACUUAGAAAUUUUUUUUUUCUUUUCUGAAAGAGAGAAGGUAUUCAUUUGAAUGUACGCUGCAUCUUUAUAAUAUAAUGACCAGAGAUUAAAAUUGUGGCUGCAACAUUUUAUAUUUUUUUUUUGAUGAUUCCAUUGCUUAACAUAAUAUGCAACUUUGUAAUAAAAAAUUAAAUUCGUUUUCUCUGCCGGAAGCAACUCUAGUGUAUUUGAAGUGCAGUACCUGGAAAAAAAACUAACAAAGUCAAGAGAAUAAAAUUAAUUGUUCAGUUAUUAAAUUAUGUAAGAUAAACAAAUGCGACUUUAUUUUGCAAAAGCUUUAAUAUUGAAGUGACAUAACUAUAAGCAUUUUUGGAUUAUCAAAAAGUGUAGAAAGUAAAAGUAAUCUGUAGAUGCAAGGUCUUAGCAGAAUUCUAUAUCUCAGCCACAUUUAAUUCCGUAUUCUGAUUGAUUAAACUCACAGUAUUAUUUCAGGUAGAUAUGAGUGAAAAGCACAACUGGACACUUCUAAAAUUUACAUACUACAUAAAAAACAAUAUUUACAAAUAUUCUACGUAAAAGAUGCGAAAUAAUGUAACUUUUGCUAAUUUUCUACAUUUAAUUACGGUUAUAGAAGCGUAAAUUUCGAGUUCUGUAUACAGCUUCCGAAUCAAUAAUUACACCACAGUGUUGUGAUAUUAUAUAUGGCUUGUCACAUUCAGUUGAAUAUUUUACUGUAUAAUAUUAAUGUAUUACUAAGUUUUCAUGAAAUGGAAUAAAUCUCGUGUCAUUUAUUUACUAAGUACAUUCGCACAAAAAUGAAUUAAAAUUCGUGCCUAUAGAGUUAUUUUUGCAUAAUAAAAUGUAAGACCAACAAAAGAACAUAAAGCUUAGAUAUACUCAUAUAUGUAUACUAUAGAAAUAGUCUAAACUAUAUUUAGCAUACUCUUGUACAAAUAAUAUUAUAAAGCAAUAUCUGUAUGUAUACUAAAUGGAAUUUAUUCUAGAGUAAAGCCAUAGAACUGUUUAAAUUAAAAAAAUGGAAGAUUAUGUAUUUUAUAUAACAAUGAAUAUUUAAUUAAUCUCAGGGCUACUAAAAUAGGCUAACCGGAUUUUCAAUAACUUUAAUUUCGUCAAUUUAUUCUUUGAGCUUGUAAAUAGCUGUGUAUAAAAUACGUUCUCAGAAUAAUGAGGUUUGUAGUCCAUGUAACAUAAUACCUACUUUUAUAAACACAUUCAAAUAUUUGUCAUUUAGAACAACAAAAACUUUCGUUUGUUGCAUUUUUUACAUAUUCUACUUACUGCAUUUAUUACAGUUUCUACUUAAACUUGAAAAGAAAAAAAAUUAAGGCAUAAGAAAAAAGCAAAUGAAAAUAAAUCAGAGCAAUAAAUUUUUAAUAUGUAUUUCAAUAUUUUUUAAAGUUCUUUUAUGGAAAUAAAAUUAACACAGCGAAAUAAAAAGGCUUAAUUUCCGAUGCUUGAUAUUUCUAUAUAAGCACACCGCAAUGAAAAUAUGAUAAUGACGAUAAAAGUAGAAAAGUGCUUUACGUCCUUUUCUGUAAACAUUUACAAUAGCACAGUUACGUAAUGUAUUAUUCUGUAUUAAUGCUAAAAUUCUUAUAGUAGCAUUGUUCUCAUAAACAUGGAUGUUUCAAUACAGGCGAUUAUCUAAAAUUCGUGCCUGCAUAAUUAUAUUUCUGAACACUCAAAAUGAGCACAUUUGCAAUGAAUGUCAGAAAAUAUUUGGUAAAUAUGUAAUCUCUGCUUUAUCAUUUACAGUAAGUUAAAAUUAAAUUUAUAUCUAAAAGUAUAACAGAACCAUGUACUACACCUAAUAAGUACACGGUUUUCGUGAAAUAUCGAGUAGGGUGUAUAAUUUAUCUCACGUUAAGAUUUACUAAGAAAUAUCUGAUAUGAUAUAAUGUUCUUUCCAGUUUGUAUUUACAUUACAAUAUUUACUUAAAAAUUUGGAAAAUAGUGCAAUAACAAAAGGAUAUUCUUAACUAAGUUUGAAUUAAAAUAUAAGGGGAACAUCUAUACGUUUAGGAAUUGCUUCAAAAAAUGAUACAAAGCGUAGUUUAUUAUUUAUACAUUAUUCAAGAACUUUUCUGAAAUUUUAAAAGAAUAAAGUUAAGUAAAUGCUUUUCUCGAGAUCGCAUCGUAAUUAAUUUCCGAAUACCUGAAGCGCUUGCUGCAUGUUUUAGAUAAGCUGUUAAUGCUUACUCUAAAUCUCAUAAUAAUUGCAGUUAUAGCAAAGGUGAGCCUAUUUGACUUUUAGCAACGAAUUUUUCCUAUACUUUUGUUCCUCCGUCCCCAAAAAUGAAUUGCUGGUUACGGCUUUGGACGAGCAUAAAAAUGAGAUUUUCAUCGCAUGUGAAUUGUUAGAUUAUGAGACCAUCAGUUCCUAGGUUAUUUGUUUGCAAAAGUAUUUAAGCUUAUCCUGGAGAGCUGGACUCUUCAAAGAAAAAUGGACUUCUCUCUAACAGUGCACGUCUUCUGAACUUGUUCGAUAUGUGAAAAUAAAAGCGACUUGCCUUUGCCUGUGUGAUUAUUGAAAGAACUUCUUUUUUCUCUUAAUUCUUUUGUUUGUGUUCCAGCGCCUAAUGUGAUGAAAAAAAAAAUGUUAAUAUUGUUACCUACAGAAUGUGAUUAAAACAUUGUAAAACUGAAAUGACUUGAUUUUUCUUUCAGGCUGCGAAAGAUCUGUUGAUAGCACUUGUACGUUCAUUCGAACAUAUUUAGUCACAAGUGAGAGCUUUGCAACUAGUGAUAACAAAAUGCAAUUUUCUUUAUUUUGUUGAAAUCGCAGCCUUUGUUUUGUUACAACUCACUUUUUUUAAACAGAAUCACAGCAGGAAAUAAACAUCUUGAAAAAUGUUAA